CCAUUAAUUUUUCGCCUUCAUUUUUGCUGCUGCAAGGUAGUUUUCAUUUUCACUGAGAUCUGGUCUGUGAUACUGAGUACCCACAAUCCCUGAAAAAAUGGAAGCUUUAACAUCCAGCUUUGCUGAUGUGAUGGUCUCUACUCUCUUCAAUUUUAUUUCUGAUCGAUUGUCGGCUUCGGAGUUAAUCGGCUUUGCUCGAAAGGAGCAGUUUUUGUUCCAACUCAAGAUGUGGAAAGAUCUUCUGCCCAAAAUCAAUGCCAUGCUUCAGGACGCACAACAAAACCACACCGCCAGUCGUGCCCUCAAACUCUGGCUCUCCGAUUUAAGAGACCUUGCUUACGAUGCUGAAGACAUCAUUGAUGAAAUUGAGACCGAGGCCCUGCACCGGAAAAUACUAAGAAACGCUCAAUUUGGCACCCCCAGCAAGGUACGCUUGUUAUUGCUCCCAUGUUGUGCUGGUCUUAAUUCAAGUGGCAUUAAGUUUAGUGGGCGGCUGGGGUCAGAGAUAGAAGCUAUCACUGCUAGAUUUCAACAGAUUCUUAUGCAAAAGAAUAUUUUGAAUUUGGUGGAGAGGGGUGGCCAGGGGAGAUUGAAGACAAAAGUGGAAAGGCUGCCCUCUACUUCUCUUGUUGAUGAAGCUCGGAUUUUUGGCAGGGAACAGGAUAAACAAGUCAUUCUUGAACGGUUAAUGGAUGGUAAUACUGGUGUCAUUUCAAUAAUCGGAAUGGGUGGUGUGGGCAAAACCGCGCUUGCUCAGUCAGUUUACAAUGAUGAUAAAAUUGAGAACUCUUUUGAGUUGAGAGUUUGGGUUUGUGUCUCUACGGAAUUCGAUUCUAUUAGAGUGACUAGGACUGUGCUGCAGGGUGUUACUUUAGCGAGUCUGCCGCAGGUUGUUACUUCGGAGAGCCUGCCGCAGGGUGAUACUUCGGAGAGCCUGCCGCAGGGUGAUACUUCGGAGAGCCUGCCGCAGGGUGAUACUUCGGAGAGCCUGCCGCAGGGUGAUACUUCGGAGAGUCUGCCGCAGGGUGAUACUUCGGAGAGUCUGCUGCGGGGUGUUACUUCGGAGAGUCUACCGCGGGGUGAUACUUCGGAGAGUCUACCGCGGGGUGUUACUUCGGAGAGUCUACCGCGGGGUGUUACUUCGGAGAGUCUGCCACGGGGUGUUACUCCGGAGAGUCUGCCGCGGGUGAAACUAAAGGAGAUGCUUUCUGGAAAGAAGUUUUUGAUUGUUUUGGAUGAUGUUUGGAAUGAGAACUAUGAGCAAUGGGAGGUUCUGCGAACACCCUUCAUGGCAGGAGCGCCUGGGAGUAAAGUACUUGUAACCACUCGAAAUGAAAGGGUUGCAUCCAUCAUGACCACAUAUCCGGUAUACCAUUUACCGGUGUUGUCUAACGAUGCUUGCUUUUUGUUGUUUGUCACACAUGCCCUUGGUGCUAGUAAUUUUGAUGAACACCCGAAUCUAAAAGAAAUUGGUGAAGAAAUAGUGCGAAAGUGCAAAGGCUUACCACUGGCAGCCAAGACUUUGGGUGGGCUUCUGCGUGGUAAAGUAAGUUAUCAUGAAUGGGAAGAUUUGUUGAGGAGCAAGAUGUGGGACAUACCAGAAGAAAGGAGUGGCAUCCUUCCUGCUCUGAUGUUGAGCUAUCAUUAUCUUCCUUCCCAAUUGAAACGAUGCUUUGCCUAUUGUGCUAUGUUUCCAAAGGACUAUGAAUUUGACAAGAAUGACUUGGUUCUACUAUGGAUGGCUGAGGGGUUAAUACGACAAGCAAAGGGAGAAAAACAAAUGCAAGUUGUAGCUCAAUCCGUUGCUGGAGAAAUAUGCCUUAAUUUUGAGGAUACCAUUGAAGACAAGCCGCAUGCAUUUAUUGCAAAGCUUCGUCAUUUGUCAUUCACUCGCCACCAGUAUGAGAUUUCCAAAAGAUUUGAAGCACUAGAUCUUGUGCAGUGUUUACGGACUUUCAUAGCUUUACCAAUGGAUACAUCAUCUCGGGCAGCACACUAUUACAUAAGUAACGAUGUGUUACAGGAGUUGCUGGCAAAAUUCAGAUGCUUAAGGGUGCUGUGUUUGAGUGGAUACUGCAUAGACGAAAUACCAUAUUCUAUUGGUGAUCUGAAGCAUUUGAGGUACCUUAAUUUGUCUCACAGUACAAUUAAACAGUUACCAGAAUCUGUGGGCAACCUAUUCAACUUACAAACACUUUUAUUGCGAGGCUGCAGGAAGCUUACUGAGCUGCCACAAGUGGAGAUGCCAUUGCAAAUAGCCAAUUUGAAAAAUCUUCAGGCUUUGUCCAAAUUCUGUGUUGGAAAGGACAGUCGGUUUGGCAAUAUUAGAGAAUUGAAGGACUUGUUACAUUUAAAAGGGGAGCUUUCUAUUACUGGAUUGGAAAAUGUGGUGAAUGUACGAGAUGCUAGGGAUGCUAAUCUAAUGCACAAGCAUGGUAUUGAUGGCUUAUGUUUGAAAUGGAGUAGUGAGUUCCUUGAUCACCGAAAGGAAGAAGGCGAGAUGCUUGUUCUUGAUAUGCUAAAACCUAAUAAGAAUCUGAAAGAACUUACAAUUUCAUUUUAUGGUGGUAAAAGAUUUCCAUCAUGGUUAGGAGAUCCCUCAUUCACUAAUAUUGUGCACAUGAGCCUCAAUGACUGCAGUAAAAGCAUGUCACUUCCAUCACUUGGGAGACUGCCAUCAUUGAAGAAGUUGUUCCUCCAAGGCAUGAAUGGAGUCAAGAAGGUGGGUCUUGAGUUUUGUGGAGAUGGUUUGCCUUCUACUCAGAGGUUUCCAUCCUUGGAAAUUCUGUGGUUUCAGAAUAUGUUAAAAUGGGAACGUUGGUCUUCCACUCACGAAGGUGCUGAAGAUUUAGCUGAUGAAUUUCCUUCUCUUCAAGAGCUCAUGAUAAAAAAUUGUCCAAAGCUGACUGGGGACUUACCCAGACGCCUUCCUUCCCUUGUGAAGCUUAUCAUUAGUCAUUGCCCAAAGUUGGAGGGUUCACUAGUGAGCCUCCCCUCCCUUUGCGAAUUAAAUAUUGAAGACUGCAACAAGGAGCAACUGAAAAAUAUUGUUCACCUUACUUCCUUAACAACACUGAGAAUCCGAAGUAUUAGGGACCUUGCAUGUCUGCCGCAAGAGAUGCUACAGUCUCUAGGUGCACUUCAAACCCUUAAUGUAUCCAAUUGCACUGAACUGACAUCUUUGUGGCAGAAGGGUACUGGAAUGAAGAACAUAGUUUCUCUUGAGCACCUAAAAAUAAAGGGCUGCUCCAAAUUUGUAUCUCUGAUAAAAAAUGAGCAAGGUCUUCCUAAUGGUUUGGAUGAUAUUGAAUUGAUCAACCAUGGCAACUUGGAGAAACUGACUCUCAAAAGUUUGCAUAUUGAAUCAUGCCCAAAACUUGUAUCAUUUCCUGAGACAGGUUGCUUGUCCACACUUAGACAUCUUAAGCUGAAAGACUGUGCAGCUCUAAAGAACCUGCCUGAUUGGAAGAUCAUGCUUAAUUGCAGGACUAGUGAUUGUCUUCUUGAAGACUUGGAGAUUGAGAAAUGUCCUUUACUCACAUACCUUCCAAGAGUCAACAUGCUUACCAGUUUGCAGAGGUUGAAAAUCCGAGGUUGUAGAGAUUUGCAGUCUCUACCAGAGGGAAUCAUGCAGAACAAUAACAGCACACACAUGUGGGAUCUUAAGAGGUUGGAGAUUGAUGAUUGUCCAUCUCUAGUGUGCUUUCCUGAAGGCAUAUUACCAUUUAGUCUUAAAACACUGAAAAUUUGUGAUUGCUCAAAGCUGGAACCACUUUCAGAGCGGCUACUGCACAACAAUGCAUCACUUGAAUACAUCUAUAUUCGGAACUAUACAACUCUCAGAAAGACAGGCCUCUCACCCACUUUGAAAACCUUAGAAAUCUAUAGUUGUGCCAAUCUCAAAUCCCUACCUGAGAGGAUGCAAAAUCUUGCCUCUCUUCAAUGUCUAACAGUUUGUGACUGUCCGUGUCUUGUGUCGUUUCCCAAAGGGGGUUUGUCCCCUCAACUAUUGGUGCUGGAGGUCUGGGAUUGCAUGAAUUUGAAGGAGCCAAUGUCAGAGUGGAACCUACACUCUCUAGCCUCUCUUAAAGAGCUCAUCAUUGUUGGUGCACCGGAUACAGCUUCCUUCCCAGAUGAAAAGUGUCUGCUCCCUACAACUCUCACUUCUAUAGUCAUUUCUAGACUCAACAGUCUGGAAUCUCUAUCCACAGAACUGCAAAACCUGACCUCUCUUGAAGAGCUAGAAGUCAGCGAUUGUCCAAAGCUUCAAGAGUUGCCAAGGGAAGGAAUGCCUGCAAAACUUGGAAAACUUUGUAUCAGAAACUGUCAACUUCUACAACAACGAUUAAAGAAGAAAGGAGCAUAUUGGCCGUUGAUAGCCCGCAUUCCUUGCAUAGAAAUAAUAGAUGGUAUCUAUUCUUGUUUUCUGUUAUGUUUGGAUAAACUUUUGUUGGACUACUUAAUUCUUGUUGAGGCUGGUGGUGAUGGAUUCAAGGAGGAGGAGAACCACAGAUCCCCUUACCUUCUCUCAGAGCUACGUCGAGAUAACCUAUCUUCCUUUUUACCUCAAAACACUUUACAGUUUUCAACAUCUCAUUUGCGGUCCGUUGUUGUUGUUGGCAUUUUCCUCUGUGGUGUUUUGUUUGUUGUUGUUGGAAUGCAAGUCUGGAGAAAGUUUGGGGGAAAGAUACAAUGCACGUUUGGCAGCUUAAACUGGAGGACCACAUUUAGGGAAUGGAGCGGAGUUGGCAUCCAAGCACUGGCAGCAUCUUCCUUGAGCUUGAGGAUUUACAACUUCUGAACAUUGGAUGACACUAAACAUUUGUACAUAUACUUGGUACUUGUAUGAGCAAAUAAACUGUAUAGUUGAAUUUGUUCGAGAGAGAGUUACAAGAUUGGAUAAUCCUUACCUCUUUAGGGACGUUCUUCUACCUAACCUUACGCUUACCUCAGAGUUUGGAAGAGAGAGCUCUGCAGUUUUGACACAUCCCCUGAGUUCUCUAAGCUCUGUUUAUUGUCAUUUACAGCCAAAUAGAUUUUAUCUCUGUUAUUUCUUAAACAGUUUAUGGUAUCAAAACAUGGAAUAUAAAUUUCAAUUUUUU